ACACACCUCCGAUGUCGGGCGCAUCUGACUUCUUAACAAAGGGAAUUGACCUAGUCCAAAAGGCUAUCGAUGCCGACACCGCCACCAGAUAUGAGGACGCCUACAAGCUCUACUACAACGGGUUGGACUACUUGAUGUUAGCCAUCAAGUACGAAAAGAACCAGAAGUCCAAGGAGCUCAUCAAGUCCAAAUUCACCGAGUACUUGACCAGAGCCGAACAGCUCAAGGAUCAUUUGGAGAAACAAUCCUCUAGCUCCGCAGGCGAUCUGUCAGCCAGCAACGGAUCCACCAAAGCCAAAAAGGCGGGCGACGGGGGCGACGAUGACGAUGCGGACACCAAGAAGUUGCGAGGCGCAUUAGCAGGCGCCAUUUUGUCGGAAAAACCCAACAUCAAGUGGAGCGACAUUGCCGGCUUGGAGGCUGCCAAAGAAGCCUUGAAGGAGGCAGUCAUAUUGCCCGUCAAGUUUCCUCAGCUAUUCACGGGUAACAGAAAGCCCACCUCGGGUAUCCUCCUAUACGGCCCUCCUGGUACCGGUAAAUCGUACCUCGCCAAGGCAGUUGCAACCGAAGCCAACUCCACGUUUUUCUCGGUAUCAUCUUCAGACUUGGUGUCGAAGUGGAUGGGUGAAUCCGAAAGAUUGGUCAAGCAAUUGUUUACCAUGGCCAGAGAGAACAAGCCUUCCAUUAUUUUUAUAGACGAAGUUGAUGCAUUAUGUGGUCCCAGAGGCGAGGGCGAAAGUGAAGCCUCCAGAAGAAUCAAGACAGAAUUGUUAGUACAAAUGAAUGGUGUGGGCAAUGAUUCUGCGGGUGUUUUAGUCUUAGGUGCAACCAAUAUUCCAUGGCAAUUGGAUGCAGCCAUUAGAAGAAGAUUCGAAAAGAGAAUCUACAUAGCGUUACCUGAACUUGAAGCAAGAACCAGAAUGUUCGAGAUCAAUAUUGGUGAUACUGCCUGUGAAUGUACCAGUCAAGAUUACAAGAUUCUUGCAGAAAUGACCGAUGGUUAUUCUGGUCAUGAUAUAGCUGUCGUUGUUAGAGAUGCCUUGAUGCAACCAAUCAGAAAAAUUCAGCAAGCAACCCAUUUCAAGCCUGUCGAAGGUGAAAACGGAGAGGAGAAAUUGACACCCUGUUCCCCAGGAGAUGAUGGUGCGAAAGAAAUGAGUUGGAUGGAAAUAGAGACAGACCAGUUGAAGGAACCAGACUUGACAAUCAAAGAUUUCAUAAAAGCCAUCAAGAGCAACAGGCCUACAGUUAACGACAGUGACAUUGAAAACCACAUCAAGUUCACGGAUGAUUUUGGACAAGAGGGUAAUUAGGCAGGGCCCCCCUCAUUGCAUCGCAAACAACCAAUUCUCAGAGAGUGGAUGUCUGAUUUCGAAUAGC